CAGCUCUUGCGACUGUCGACCAUUCUUCAAUCUAUCAACUCCACCAUCCUGCCUCUUACGGCCUUUGUUUCGAUGGAAAACCUCCUCCGUGAUGCCCCGGUCGGGCAGUUGCUUCGUCUGUUGACACGAAAUCGGGUUUUCCAGUACCCUGAAGAGCGGUCUGACUUUACUCUGCCGGUCGAGUACACAGUGGCUUUAGCAAACCACAAACCCAAGCCACACUCAUCCGCUAACAGUACCCUGGUGCCUCGAGAUAUUGAAUCAUCCAGUGCCCUGGAUGACCUGGAAAAGGCUACACCUGAAGAAGAUCUGGCAAUCAGGAAAGAGACCUCUAUUGCCCCCAAAGAAGAUAAGCAUGGCCACAUCCUCGUGGAUUGGUACACGACGGAUGAUGCAGCAAACCCUCAGAACUGGACCCAGACCAAAAAGGCUUUCGUUUCGUUCAUCAUUUUCAUCUACACCUUCAUUGUCUAUACUGGCUCGGCGAUCUACACGUCCUCUGAGGAAGGUGUCACCACUGCCUUUGGGGUUUCGAUCACGACUGCCUCUUUAGGCCUGUCUCUAUACGUGCUGGGAUAUGGCGUUGGUCCUCUUGUGUUCUCACCGCUGUCCGAAAUCCCCUCGAUUGGUCGGUCACCAGUGUACUCCAUAACCAUGUUCCUCUUUGUUAUCAUCUCCAUCCCUCUACCGUUGGUGAACAACCUUGGUGGUCUUCUUGUUCUGCGAUUCCUCCAAGGGUUUUUUGGUAGCCCCUGCCUGGCAACCGGCGGUGCCACCAUGCAAGAUAUGUACUCGCUUCUCUACCUCCCAUAUGCUCUCAGUGUGUGGGUGAUAGCGGCAUAUUGCGGGCCUGCUCUUGGCCCCCUCAUCUCUGGUUUUGCAGUGUCGAACAUGGGCUGGCGGUGGUCACUGUGGGAGAUCUUGUGGGGCGCUGGACCAGUCUUCAUCGUGAUGUUCCUCCUGCUCCCGGAGACUGCAGCUCCUACCAUCCUCCACCACCGUGCCCAUCGUCUUCGGAAGCGAGUUGGGACUGAUCGCUUCCUGUCUCAAUCGGAAAUUGACCAGAAGGAGCUCAAGCCUCUCGCCAUUGCCAUCGCAGCCAUAAUCAAGCCAAUCGAGAUCACAAUCAAGGACCCCGCAGUCCUGUUCGUGCAAGUAUACACAGCGAUCGUCUACGGGAUCUACUACUCUUUCUUCGAAGUCUUUGACCUCGUCUACCCCCCGAUGUACGGCUUCACGCUCGGCACAAUCGGCCUCGUCUUCCUCUGCAUUCUGGUAGCAUGCUUUCUUGCCGUCCUGUCCUACUUCGCCUACCUGAGCUACUACCUCAUCCCGCGUCUCCUAAAAGGCCAAUCCACCUCCCAGGAAAGCCGUCUCGUCCCAGCUCUAAUCGCCUGCUUCGGACCCCCAAUCGGGCUAUUCCUCUUCGGCUGGACUGCAAGGCCAUCAAUCCACUGGAUCGUGCCCACGAUCGGCAUCACUAUCUAUGCUGGCUCGGCCUUCGUGGUCCUGCAGUGUGUGUUCGUGUAUGUCCCCAUGUCGUACCCGAUGUACGCUGCGUCACUAUUUGCUGCGAACGACUUCUUCCGGUCUGCGAUGGCCUGUGGGUCUGUUUUGUACGCGAGGCCCAUGUUCAAUAACCUGGGUAUUGGGAAGGGGAUCAGUCUGCUGGGUGGACUGAGUGUCAUUGGCGUUAUUGGCAUCUUCGUGCUGUAUUGGUAUGGAUCGGUCCUGAGAGCGAAGUCAAAGUUUGCUAUUUCCUAGUGGACGAUGACUUGAAUUGGAACGGCGGUAGAAGGGUGGCCCCUGAGACAAAGGAUUUGGGGUUUGAAAACGAGUCAUGUUUACAUGAAUUAAUAUUUAAUACCUGUCAUGUCGACAACAUAUGGGCCUGGAUGUUGGUCCUGAUUGUCUCAUAUUUGUUUGAAAAUCCUCUCAACAGAAAAG